CGCUGUGGCUUUAAGUGCGCUCGAGCGCGCCCGCUAAGUGUGGCCGCGCUGGGAAAUGAGCUGCUUGAACGCAUGUCGGAGCGGAGCGGAGCGCAGCGCAGCGGAUCAGUGACAGCAGAGAGGCGGCCGGGAGAGGCACAGAGGAGGGAGACCUACAGAUCUUUGGCACGCGUCUUUUAUACCUGGGCACUUCAAUGGAAGCUAGGAAGGACUUUUUCGCCGGAAUUCACGGAUAUUCUUGUGGUGAAUAAUGGGGAAUACAACACACAAAGCGAUCAUAGUAAACCGCAGACUCCCAGAUCAUGGAUGAAGUUCAAUCCACAAGCACAGAGAGACGUCAGUCCACAGCGCCGCACGAUCCCAACCAGACAGUACUACACGCUGCCGGGCAACAGCACCGAGCGGAGAUCACUGGUACCCAGCGCCAACCUCAGUAACGAGCAACCCCGCUUUCACCCCCAGGCGAAGGGCAAGAAUAUCCGCCUCGAUUCGCAACUAAGGAGGGCCGUCCGGAAAAACAGCUUCUGCAACGGAGUUACCUUCACCCAGCGGCCCAUACGGGUUUAUGAAAAAGUCAGUCUGCGUCUCUCAUCGGUGCACACGGGAUGGAGUGGGGCUUUGCGGUUUGGAUUCACCAGCAUGGACCCCGGCAAGCUGAACCCUGCUGACAUCCCCAAAUACGCCUGUCCCGAUCUGGUGACCCGUCCCGGCUACUGGGCAAAGGCUCUGCCGGAGAGACUGGCUCUGAAGGACAAUGUAUUGGCCUUCUGGAUGGACAGGCACGGAAGAGUUUUCUACAGUGUCAACGACGGGGAUCCUGUUCUCUUUCACUGUGGGGUUAACGUCGGGGGUCCCCUGUGGGCACUCAUUGACAUCUAUGGAAUCACGCAAGAGGUCACGCUGUUAGAAAGCACCUUUGCGGAGAGCAUGGGCUCAAGUCGCCUGAGUGCUGCCAGGCUAAGUGCCUACCUCCCUCAGAGCAAUCACGACUCUGCCAACUACAGCAAUAACCAGCUGGAGACGAGCCAAGCAGCACAAGCAAAGUUUGCCACCCUGCAACUCGGCAACUGCCACCCGCUCAUCCCUUGCUGUACGGGUUCAUCGAGCAGAGGGCAGCGAGGCCUUCCUUCUCUUCUUGACACCGAUGUGCACUUCCACCUGAGGCACGGCUCAGAUGUCACUCUCUCUGCCGACCGGAUGACCGCUUGUAUCCACUGGUCGGACAGCAGCCGGACUUUAGUGUUCACCGACAGACCCGUGCGUAUCGGAGAGACGUUGUUUGUGGAAGUGGGCCAUCAAGGCCUUCCCUAUUUUGGGGCACUGCUGUUUGGCAUGACCUCCUGUGACCCCGGAACCCUGCGGACAAGUGAACUGCCAGCAGAUCCCGAGCUCCUACUGGACCGAAAGGAGUACUGGGUGGUAUACAGGGGCUUUCCUGUGCCAACCCCCGGGGACGUACUCAGCUUGACUGUGCUGCCCAGUGGAGAGGUGCACCACAGUGUGAAUGGGGUGGCCCGUGGAAGACUUCUGUGUGUGGACACCUCUCAGGUCCUGUGGGUCUUCUUCAGUCUUCACGGAGCCGUCAAUCGUCUCAGGAUCCUCGGAACGGCACCUUGCAGUCCACCCAAUGGGUCCCCCACUGCCUCGCCAGGAGGGCUUCUGGAUGACAGCGAUUCUGAUUUGGCAUUUAGCGUCAACCGCUCGUCUUCAGCCUCUGAGUCGUCUCUUGUGACGGCGCCAAGUUCGCCCCUCAGCCCUCCCCUCACCCCAGUGUUCUCCCCUCCAGAGGUGCCCCCUAGCAGCAAGAAUGGAGAAUGCACCAUCUGCUUCGACAAAGAGGUGGACACGGUCAUCUACACGUGCGGACACAUGUGCCUUUGCAAUGACUGCGGUCUGAAGCUGAAAAAGCAGAGCAACGCGUGCUGCCCGAUCUGUCGGAGAGCAAUGAAAGACGUUAUCAAAAUUUACAGACCCUGAUGGAUGACGACUCGUGAGACUGUUGUUGAGUCACAAGUAACCGCCGUCCUUUCACAUUUCAUCUCUUCGAAUCUCUCGUCAUUGUUUGCUUGCUUUUUUUUCUGUUUGCUGGUGACGCGGGUGAAGUCACAGGACUGCCGUGAUCAAGUUGCAGUGCGGCCGUUGGACAGAUGCGGUGCCACGCGUUCUUCGUUAGCCUCUCCUGCUGUCAGGUGAGGAUCCCAGUGCCUUCAAACAAGGAGAGCCACUUUCACUCAAGUUCAGCAUGUGCAGUUUGUGUGUCCAUCACCAGCUCAAACGUUUAGCGCUGACCCUACAAAGUGCUGGAGCGCACACACACGUAUUCUCAUUCUCUGUUGUUGUUGCUUCAGUCCUUUCACGUUCCAGUUUCUUUGAAGGCUUUGAACAUAAUGCCCUAACCCCAUUGUAUCCACUUUGGUCGGGUCCGGAUCUGCCUGUACAACAGAAAUGGCCAGACAGGACUGUUCAGGACCACCUGCUUAAUUCCUGAAGUUGGGGAAAUCAGGAACUUCUCAAACGUCUGGGGUACAGACUCAUUCAUUUUUGAGAUCAAAAAACGGCAAGCUCAAAAUUCACCUUGUAAUGUCAUGGCUACCCAUGGGAUGUCACACCUGAUGCUCAGGUUUAUAAAACUAAUAAUCUGUGAGAACCUGAAACUAUAAAUCUAUGAAUAACACCUGCCACCUUUUACCCAUAAGUAGUGACGAGCGAACAGCCAUAUUUAUUUCCCGUACAGUUUCAUGAAAUGUGCGCUAAAAUUUGUUUUCCCCAAACCUUUGUAAUAUGACUGAUAAAACAGUUUUUUUGGGGUGGAAGGCAUGGAAUUUUACUCAGUAGGGCCGUGUUAGCGUAGCACACCGGUCAAACCAAUCAUGUUUGAUGGUUCUCAUUCACAUCACAAAGGCAAAGUGCAGUGCGUUUGUUAACAAGUUGCAUGUUUUCCACUGAAAGACGCAAAUCACUUCACAAAAUCGACUACACGGGAAACCCGGCCCUUGCCAUUGCCUAUCAACUGCCCUUUCCUGUUUUUUGAUUCCUGCAGAUGAGGAUGAGGAUGAGGAUGUGCACUCUCCAAGUGCUGAGGAGGAAUUCGCAGAGAAUCUCUUCGGUCUUUGAGGCAUCUUUAGGAUUCUGAUCACCAAGGCUGUUAUCAUUAUUGGCAAAGCGGGCAUCGUACUACCAGGAUAAGCACAACACUCAGCUCACUGCUCAACAAAAUGGCUACACGUGAAAGGGAAUUACUCAGGUGUUUUUUUUUUUGGUCUCUCCAGGACUUUAUUUCACCACAAAAUGACAGGCAAACAAAUGCGGAAUUAGUGCGUGAAAAUUCUCUCUGAGAAGAACUGAAAAAAUGAAUUGCAUUCAUUUUUCUGGUUGCCAAACAACAUAUGCUAACCAAAGUUAUUUGUGAAAUGAAACUCUUAUGUUUCGCUGCAAAUUCAAUUUUGCACAAAAAUGCCAGCUCAUCACUACCCAUGAGCUUACCACACACAAGCAGGAGGACGUACAAUGGAACAAAUAUCCAUCCAUCCAUCCAUUAUCCAACCUGCAAUAUCCUAACUACAGGGUCAUGGGGGUCUGCCAACACA